AUGAGCGAAGAAGGUGCAAAGCCUGCUUUCUGUCCUGCCUUUUUGGAGAGGUUGAAAGAAAGACAAUCGACCAUGUGGCGUUGUCCGAUUUGUUUUACGUAUACCAGUAAUAAUCUCGAUCGAUGUGGGUCCUGCGAUGCAAAGAAACCAAAAUCGCAAAAAUCUAGUCAUAGUUUGUCACAUGAUAAAAACUCCGAAACGAAGGAGGAAACUGCGGAAACGAAGCAAAGCGCAGCUGCUUCCAACGCGAAUCCCUUGAAACGAGGAAGUACUCUCCCUUGUGGAGAGGAGCCAAAGCGUGAGAAGGUUGGCGGGUUUACGUUUGUCCCCUCCGGAAAGGAGCAACCCAAAUCGCUGUUUGAUUCGGGCUAUACCAAAACGAAUUCCAUCUUUUCCUUCCCUAAAGCAAGUUCAUUUACGUUUGGUUCGGGCCCAAGUGCAGUGACUAUGAGAUCAGAGUCUCAGGACACGCCUCUUGAGAAGGCUGAAGAGCAAGGCACGGACUUGAAGUCGACUCCAACUCUUGAAAAGACUCCAGUUCCUCCAUCUGCUUCUGCUUCUGCUUCUGCUUCUGGUUCUACUCCUACUCCUACAAAGCAGACGAAGGGUAACAGUGAUACGGAAUCAGAAUCGGUAUCGGAAUCCGAGACGGAGAUGAAGCAAGAGUCAGCUGCAUCCCAAAAUGCUGAGGAGCCGAAAGAGAGUGAAUCGAAGGAAGAAUCGGAAGCGCCGAAGAAACGAGGCAGAGGACGACCUCGUGGAUCCGGUCGUGGUCGAGGAAAAGCGCAAAGUAAAGGAAAAGGGCGAGGAAAAGCGAAACAAGCUGAAGAAGCUGAAUCAAAUCAAACUGAAAAAAAAGAAGAAAGCAAGAAAGAGAGUGAAAGUGAGAAUGAAAUUGAAAAUGAAAAUGAACAACACAGUGAAAAUGAAAUCAAUUUUGGAAGUGAUGUCGAGCCUCCCAUGACAGAAGAGUCGUACGAGGAAGAUGAAAACAGCGUGGAUGUGAUGGAGGGCCGAACGGCGGUUCCCUGCACAGCUGUCGAUUCGUUGAUCAGCGAUUCGAAGGAAUACGAAGUGUUUGUGUUUGGCAGUGGUGAUUGUGGCCAGCUGGGAUUCGGAACAGAGCGAUUGCAUGUAAGUGUCUUUGCGCAGAGGAUGAGUUCUCUCGGCUGA